UCUGGCCCGCCACCGCGACAUCGAAGACAUCGAGUAAAUAUUUGUCUACGAUCGUCCAUUCGGCUGUUCCCGCAAACAUGGAACGGUCCGACUUGCAUUGCAUGAGAUCGGGGUCUGUGCGUUUGACUUGGGGGCAACGGUUGCAUGGUGCAUUCUGGCCUCGUCGCGGAUGACGACAGAGCCGGAAGUCAUGAUUUGUUCUUUGCACCGAUGAUUUUCAGGAGUUCAUGGGUUGGGGUGGGUUACGUUUGGGACCACGGUUGGAAUGGAAAUACAGGAGCCCCCGCGUGUCCCGGGAAUAAAUACCCUGCUUUGUUUUGUUGUUGUCGCUGCUGCUGUUACUGUUGCCAGUGGUUUCGUUUUUAUUCUUACGUGGCCAUGAUGUUGAGGUUCCUUGGUAGCUUCUUCCUACUACAUAGUCCAAGGCUGUCACUUGAACAAAGGUAGCUUCAUUUGUAUCUCUUGGAAUAUGAGAUUGUUUAUACUACUAGUACCAUGUUGAGUCUUUAACGCACAUACAUGACACAUAUAUAUACAAG